GUCGAGACACCGAACGAGAGACCAAGCUCGUGCGAGAUAUCUCGAAGUGCAACGAUCUCGAAUCGGGGGUCUACGGCGCGGAGCGUGACUGCGCUGUGUGUUUGUUUCCUUCUCGUCGCCCGAAAGGCAUCACGUACAGUCAUGACGCAAGAGGGACAGUUUCCGCCCCCACCUGUUAUGUGGGCUCAGAGGAAGGACAUUUUAUAUGUUACAAUUUGCUUAGAAGACUGCAAGAAUCCCAUUCUUGAAAUAGAACCGGAGAAGAUAUAUUUCAAAGGAGAGGGCGGCACAGACAAAAAAAUGCAUGAACUCACAAUUAAUCUAUACAAAGAAAUUGACCCAAGCAAAACUAUAAAAACUAUGAAAGGCAGAACUUUUGAAUUAGUACUUGUUAAAAAAGAGGAGGGACCAUAUUGGCCACGGCUAAUUAAAGACAAAUCAAAGGCUCAUUGGUUAAAGAGCGAUUUUAACAAAUGGAAGGAUGAAGAUGAUACUGAUGAUGAGAGUAGCCCACCGGAUUUAGAAGAGAUGAUGCGACAGAUGGGUGGUCUAAGUGGUUCCGGCGACAGUAAACCAAAUUUUGAUGACUUAGACGAAUUAGGAGACAAUGAAGCAGAUAGCGAUGAUGAAGAACUUCCUGAUUUAUAUGAUUAAAAUAAUGAGUAACCGUGCGCGUCGAUCAAUUAACUAAUUCCGUAUUAAAAAUACAAAUGGCAACCUAAGAAUAGAACACACCUGCAAUGUUUCGAUGGGUUUUGCUAUUUGUAUUAAUUGCAAAUUUGCUAAACAGGAUCUUGUUGCAAGUAGCAAACUGGAUGCGCAAAAUGAAUUUGAAAAAAAAAAAA